AUGGUGUGCAGUAAGUGUCUGAAGCUCACCAAGAGCACAAAGCUCGCGACCCCAGAGGUCAAGAAGAAGAGUGAGAUGUACUACGGAUCACCGGCUUCGUCGAAGGCGAGCGGCUCCAAGUCGGCCACUCUAGGCAACACCGGAGUGUCAAAGAGUAAGCUGCUGUCCAAAGCGGCGAAGAAUCCAUAUGCGGCGUAUUCAAGCUCAUGUACAAAAUGUAAAACCAAAAUCACACAAGGCCAUUCCUACUGUCAAAAAUGCGCCUUUAAAACAGAUUCCUGUCCCAUGUGUGGAAAGCCAAACAAGAAGACUAGCUCCAAGGCCCCGGCCAUUGAUGCAUAUAAAAACACGCUAUAA